AUGCAAUAUUCAGCUGCUCUCUCCAAGAAUUCAGGGACGAAGCUGAGUGAUUCAUUACGGUGCAGAAAACUAGUUGGCAGGUUGUUAGAUCUCACCAACACUCGACCAGAUAUUUCGUAUGUUGUAGGAUGUUUGAGCCAAUUUAUCGACUGCCCCAUUGAUCAACAUUUUCAAGCAGGUCUCCAUGUGCUCUGGCAUCUCAAGGGUGAUCCAAGUUCAGGGCUGUUUUUUGCCAAAGACAAUAAGUUGAAACUCACAGGGUUUGUUGAUUCAGACUGGGCAACUUACCCAGAUACUAGAAGAUCUGUAAUUAGUUAUUGCUUUUUCUUGGGUGGAACUCUUGUAUGUUGGCGCAACAAGAAGCAAACUACUGUCUCCUGUUCUUCAUCAGAGGCAGAAUACAGGGCAAUGAACCAGGAAACUAGAGAAGGACAAUGGCUGGUGUAUCUUCUCAAAGAACUCCAAGCUGAGCAUAAGACACCUUUUAGUCUCUUUUACGACAAUCAAUCAACUCUUCACAUAGCUGCAAACUCUGUCUUCCAUGAAAGAUGA